ACCCCACAAUCCUCCAGGUGCCCUGGCCGCCGGGCUCGGUUUGCGGGGUUGCAGAGGGCGGGUGCCGUGAUCACGGUCCGCGGUCCGCGGGGUGACUGGCCUUACCGGGUACUGUAAAACAGGGGAAAUUGUGUGGGUGCUGCAAACCCACUGAAGGGGCUCGCUGUCCAUGGAAGCUGCCUGACCUGUGUUGAGUGUGUCGCUUUGCUGGCCAUUACCUCAUUGCUCAGCUGAAGCGAUCACGUACCGCGAUAGGCCGGCGAUUGGAGACCGACCGACAUGAUCGGAGACUUUCUCUUGUUCGGCACCUUGCUGAUGAACGCAGGAGCUGUGUUGAACUUCAAACUAAAGAGAAAAGAGCUGCAAGGUUUUGGUGAAGAUGGACGACAGCUGACGACAGGUGAUAACAUAAGAGAAUUUCUGCUGAGUCUACGUUACUUCCGGAUCUUCAUUGCCCUGUGGAAUAUCUUCAUGAUGUUCUGUAUGAUUGUGCUCUUUGGAUCUUGAAAUUUAUUAAUGCUGUGGAAAGAAGCAACCCUGGGACCUUCUGUAUUUGGAUACUUUGUCAUUUCUCUACUUCAUAAAUUAUAAUUUUUACACUAGAUCAACCCUGAGGUUCUGGCAUGUUUUACAGUUACACAAUCCCAAGGUCAGUUCUGCAACAGAAACCAGUUUGACGUUAUCAAUCAUAAGGUAUAUCUAUCCAGAGUUUUCCCACCUUCCUUAGACAGGUCACGUGUUCAGGAAAUUCCCAGACACUUUAACACUGCAGAGUUGAAAGUGUAGAUUACUGCAUCAUAUUCACAUUGUGUUCUUUUGGGUUCAUGCCAGAGACAAACUGAUGCAGGUCUAAAAUGUCAGCCCUGACACAUUUGAAAUUUUCCAGAAGUAUUUUUAAUAUUAAAAUUUUACUUAAUGGAUAAAAGAUUGCCCCUUGCUAUUUUUUUUCAGAAAUGAAUUUUAAAAAUGGUAUUGUUAGGAUUGAACAUUUUAUGCAGUUAACUAGUACAACAAUUCAAGCUGAUAUCCAACUGGACUUCACAUGGGCUGUAUACAAGCAUAAGUCAACCAGCGUGGAAAGUUCUGUACCUACCAGUAUCAAUGACUUUAUAUGCAUUCAGAAAUAACAGCUGACCCACAGGGCUUUGUAAUGCUGGAGAUGAUGAGAUUUUUCUCUUUUUAUGCAAUGUUAAAUCUAUGCUCAUCUGUAAUUUGCACAUAAAAUAAAUCCUUUCUCAGUUCCAUAUUUAGUCCAAUUGUUUAUGACAUUCUGUGCAAUGAGAACAAAAAGGAAAAACAACACAUGAUUGAUGAAAGUGAAUCAUAAUAGUGAAUUCAUGCAAAAUAAAUGUUAGCUUGAUUUUGAAAUUAAUUCUGUUCUGUUAAUCUACUUCACACAAAUUCUAAUCAUGAUUGACUGCCCUUUGUACAUUUUCUCAAGGGUAUUAUAUAACCAAAGUGGGACAGUACUGCAUGCACCUGCUAGUUUGCAGUCAGAACUUGUCCUGUUUUUUUUUCCCUUGUAACUUGUUUUUAAACAAGUUAGCCAAAUGAGCACAUUUGUGAGAUGUAGAUUCAUUGUGAUCAAAAUUGUCACCACUUACUGCAUGAUUUGUCUCAAAUUAUUGAUUAUGUUAAAAAUUUGUAUCCCAUUUAGCACAGUUGCAGUUUGGCAUAUGUGAUGUUGUAUGCAUUAUUGAAUCAUGGCUGAAAGAAGAUUUUAGCUAGGAGGUUAAUGUCCAAGGGUACACUAAUAUCAGAAGGACAGGCAAGAAGGCAAAGGGGAAGUGUUGCUCCAAAUGAAAUCAAAUCAUUAGAAAGAGGUGAUUAUAGGGUCAGAAGGUGUUGAAUCAUUGUGAACAGAGCUAAGGAACUGUAGGGGUAAAAAGACCCCCAAACAGUAAUAAGGAUGUGAUCUACCCAUUACAACAGGUGAUAGAAAAUACAGUGUUACAAUAAACAUGAGGGAUUUCAAUAUGCAGGUAGAUUGGGAAAAUCAGGUUGGUGCUGGAUUGCAAGGGGGGAAUUUCUAGAAUGCCUAUGAGUUGGCUUUUUAGAGCAGCUUGUGGUUGAGCCCACCAGGGGAUCAGCUAUUCUGGAUUGGGUGUUGUGCAAUAAACUAGAAUUGAUUAGAGCUUAAAAACAAAAAAAAACCCUUAGGUGAACGUGACCAUAAUAUGAUUGAAUUCACCCUGAAAUUUGAGAAGGAGAAGCUAAAGUCAGGUGUACCAGUAUUACAGUGGAAUAAGAUGGAAUUAUUGAGGUAUGAGAGAGGAGUUGGCCAGAAUGGAUUGGAAAAGAACACUGGCAGGGGUGAUGGCAGAGCAGCAAUGGCUGGAAUUUCUGGAAGCAAUUUGGAAGGCACAAGAUACGUACAUCCCAAAAAAAUAGUAUUCUCGAGGCAGGAUGAAACAAUUGUGGCUGACAAGAAGUCAACGCCAAAGAGAUGGUAUAUAAUAGAGCAAAAAUUAGUUGGAAAUUAGAGGAAUGGGAAGAUUUAACAAUCAACAGAGGGCAACUAAAAAAAUAAUUAUGAAGGUAAAGAUGGAAUACGAAGGUAAGCUGGUCAGUAAUAUUAAAGAGGCUAUCAAAAGUUUAAUCAAAUACAUCUUUUGGAAAAUAAUGCUGGAGUAGUAAUAGGGGACAAGAAAAUGGCGUACAUAUUUUAUAAGUACUUUGCAUCAGUCUUCACUGUGGAAGACGCUAGCAAUAUGGCAGAAGUUCCAGGUGUCAGGGUAAUGAAGUGUGUGAAGUUACCAUUACCGAAGAGAAGAUUUUUGGGAAACUGAAAGGGCUGAAGGUAGACAGGUCACCUGGACCAGAUGGUGUACACCCCAGGGUUUUGAAAGAUCUGGCUGAAGAGACUGGGAAGGCAUUAGUAAUGAUCUUUCAAGAAACUCAAGAUUCCAGAAUGGUUCUGGAAGAUUGGAAAAUUGCAAAUUUACUCCACUCUUCAAGUAGGGGAGAGGCAGAAGAAAGAAAACUAUAGGCCAGUUAGUCUGACCUCAGUUGCUGGGAAGAUAUUGGAGUCGAUUAUUAAGGAUGAGGUAGCAGGGUACUUGGAGGCACAUGAUAAAAUAGGUGAUAGUCAGCCUGGUUUCCUCAAGGGGAAAUCUUGCCUGACAAAUCUGUUGGAAUUCUUUGAAGACAUAACAAGAGGAUAGACUAUGGAGAAUUACUUGAUGUUGUGCACUUGGAUUUUCAGAUGGCCUUUGACAAGGUGCCACAGAUGAGGCUGCUUAACAAGCUAUGAACCCAUGGUAUUACAGGACAGAUUCCAGCACGGAUAAAGCAAUGGCUAAUUGGCAGGAGGCAGAGUGGGAAUAAAGGGAGCCUUUUAUUGUUGGCUGCUGGUGACUAGUGUUCCAUAGGGGUCUCUGUUGAGACCAAUUCUUUUUACGUUAUAUACCAAUGUUUUGGAUGAUGGAACUGAUGGCUUUAUUGCAAUCUUUGCAGACAAUAUGAAGAUGGAUGGAGGGGCAGGUAUUUUUGAGGAAAUAGGCUACAGAAGGACUCAAACAGAUAAGGAGAAUGGGCAAAGAAGUGGCAGGAGAAUACAGUGUUGGGAAGUGUAUGGUCAUGUACAUUGGAAGAAGAAAUGAAAGGGUUGACUAUUUUCUAAAUGGAGAGAAUAUACAAAAAACUGAGGCGCAGAGGGACUUGGGAGUCCUUGUGCAGGAUUCCCUAAAGGUUGAUUCACAGGUUGAGUCUAUGGUGAGGAAGACAAUUACAAUGUUAGCAUUAAUUUCAAGACAACUAGGAUAUAAAAGUAAGGACGUAAUGUUGAAACUUUAUAAAGCACUGGUGAGAUCUCACUUGGAGAAUUGUGAGCAGGUUUAGGUCAUUUAUCUUAGAAAGGAUGUGCUGAAACUGGACAGGAUUCAAAGGAAGGUCAUGAAAAUAAUUCCAGGAUUGAAUGUCAUAGUGUUUGAUGGCUCUGGGCCUGUAUUCACUGCAAUUCAGAAAAAUGAAGGGUGACCUAAUUGAAACAAAUUGAAUGGUGAAAGGCCUUGUAGAGAGGAUGUUUCCUAUAGUAGGAGAGUCUAAGCCUCAUAAUAGAGGGGCGUCCUCUUCAAACAGAGCCGAGGAGGAAUUCCUUCAACCAGAGAAUGGUGAAUCUGGAAUUAUUUGUCACAGGCAGCUGGGGAGGCCAAGUCUUUAUGUAUAUUAAGGCAGAAGUUGAUAGAUUCUUGAUUGAUAGGGAGAUACGUGGAGAAGGCAGGAAAUUGGAGCAGCGAAGAAAAUUGGAUCAUUCACGAUGAAAUGACAGAGCAAAUUCAAAUAGGCCAAAUGGCCUAAUUCUGCUCCUAUACCUUAUGAUCAACAUUACCAUGUGCUGGAACGACAGCACUAUAUUGGUGCCCAGUGAUAAUAUUUGACCAUUAAGUAUUGGAUGUCUAUGCUCAUUACUAGAGACGCAGCAUCUAGAGGAAAAACAUCCUUUUGUAUUUUCUCUAAGCAGCUGCCACUGACAGUUAUUGUUGUAAUGCUUUUUUGUUGUGGAGAUGACAAGUAUAUGAAUGCAGAGACAAAUAAGUACUUCAAGUAUGGGUGUGAAAUUGUUAACUGUCUAUAGUGAGCAUAGAUUGUAACAUCGCAAACUAUUGUAAUGUGGUGACAAUAACCCUUCUAUGCAGCCUAAUUCAUUGAUUUCUUAUGAAUUUGUAAAUAAUAUGUUGAUGAUUGGGCUUUUGGCUCUGAUACUUUUUUUAUCACACCAUCAAUGUGUCAAAAUCUGGUGUUUGUUCACAAAAACUAACUAUACACUGAAGCACUGAAGCAUUUAUGUGCUUUGUCUUUGGAUGCAGUGAAAUGUAUAAACAUUUUUUGCAUCUAAAGUAUCUGUGACUAGCUCUCUUUUUCAACUUGUCUAUGUUGAUGAAUUAAAUCUAUCACGUAUUAACUUCAAGACAUGUUUUGUACAAAGGGUAAAGAGUAAAACGGAACAAUCAAUAAAACUCCAUUAAUCUGGCAUG